GGAUAUAUUUGUGUGCAAUACGCAGAAAAAGCCGGGUACAACUUCGUGGGUUUUUUCAAUUGGGUACUCCGGUGAGGGACCUGCAGGCAGAGAGAAAAGGGAAAGGAACCAAGAAAGAGCACCAAACACAAAAAAGGAAUUGAAACAUAAUCGAAAAUGUCUUCGAAUAAAGAGGAUGGUGGAUGGAAGAAGUUUGUAUGGAAUUCGGAAAAGGGGGAAUUUUGUGGACGUACAGGGGGCAGUUGGUUUAAAAUCCUUGGGUUCUACCUAAUCUUCUAUAGUUUUCUGGCUGGGUUAUUUGUUGGCACCAUCCAGUGCUUGCUUCUCACCUUGAGUGACUACAAACCCACCUGGCAGGACAGAGUUGCACCCCCAGGCUUGUCGCACACACCGCGCUCCGACAAGUCAGAGCUCGCCUUCAACCUGAAUGAUCUGGAGACCUACUUGCCUUACACUAAGGCCAUGAGAGAUUUCCUGAGCAUGUACGAUGAGGACAAACAGCGGGACCAGAUGAAAUAUGAGGACUGCGGAGAUGAGCCCACGGAGUAUAAAUACCGUGGAGACCUGAAUAGUGACGUGGGGGUCAGGAAGGCCUGUCGCUUCCAGAGGAGCUUGCUCGGGCCCUGCUCUGGCAUCGAGGACAGAGAAUUCGGCUUCAAGGAAGGAAAACCCUGCCUUAUCGUCAAGCUCAACAGGAUUGUUAACUUCGUACCAAGGCCUCCCAGCUCCAAUGAUAGCAUCCCUGAGGCAGCCCAGUACAAGGUCCGGCCCAACGUCAUACCAAUCUUCUGCACCAACCGGAGAGAGGAGGAUGCGGGGAAGAUCGGUGAGGUGAAGUACUAUGGUAUUGGUGAAGGUUUCCCGCUCCAGUACUACCCAUACUACAGCAAGGUGCUGCACCCACAGUACCUCCAGCCACUGGUGGCCAUCCAGUUCGUCAACGUCACCAUGAACACCGAGCUGCGCAUUGAGUGCAAAGUCUUUGGCGAGAACAUCGGCUACAGCGAGAAGGACAAGUUCCAGGGACGCUUUGAACUUAAAUUACAAGUCACCAACUUAUGACCGCACUCAGGUUCAUAGCAAUUUCCCCUUUCUUCAGUAUCCCUCUCCCUUCUGAAACAUUUCUCAAAGGUAACUAAGUAAUUUAGGGACGGGGGGGGGGGGGGGGGGGGGG